GCGGUCGGUCAAGUGCCUUUGCAGUCGAUCGGUCUCCGCAUGCUCCAGCCAGUUCUUCUUCAUAUGUUCCUCAAUACUACUCGCACCCUUUAACCGCGCAUUCUGCCUAUCAAUUGGACAAUUACUCUUCCGAAAAAGAACCCUUUGCUGCACUCACACCAUGGGCUGGUUUUGGGGUGGCUCAAACAAGGACGACCCGGUCAAAAAGCUUGACCCGGGUUUGCGAGAAUACCUCGAGCAUGAAGCUCCAGAGAAAUACGUUCCAACCACCUCAGUCCCCUCGUCGCAGGACCCCUCCAAGACGGUGCCCCAAGAUACGAAGCCAGCUGUCAGCGCCGAACCUUCCGAACCCGCCCUUCCCUCCGCUUCUCUAUUCCAAGAUGGCCGUUACGCGCAUCUCUGGAAGACCUACAAGCCGCCCCAGGAAAAGGAAGCGACGGAACAGAAGACUGCAGAGCGAGUGAUUGAGAAGUACAAGCAGCGCGGUGAUACCGUGCACCGGGCAGCGAUGGAAAACUGCGCCCUGGAGCAUGAGGACUUGACCUACUGCUUCCAGACUGGCAAUUGGGAGAAACGAUUGCGCGCCCGUGUGACUCUGUGCUCUGAGGAGAACGCUAAGUUCUCUCGUUGUUUUACCACGCAGGCUAAAUUCCUCCAGGCCCUAGGAUACGCUUCCUCCUUCAACUGGGACGAGGAAAGGGAAGAACGGAUUCAGAUGCACGCCGAUAAACUCUACCAUCAGAUGCUUGACUACGAGAAACGGGUCGAAGAAGCGCAGAAAGCCGGACAGGAGGCCCCACCUCUCACCUCUCUUUUCAACCCCAAGGCAGAGGCACCGCAGACACCGGCCAACACACCAGGAGCCCUGGAGAUUCCUGGAGGUGAGACGAUUCCGGCAGGAUUGAAACCGUCCAAACCGUUGGCACAGCUUACUCCACAUGAACGAGAAUUGGAGAUCCGAGCACACAAUGCGCAACUGGAGCAACAGAAAUUGUACGUACAGGAGGCAUCGCCUUUUAUGCAGACACACGAGGACGCACGGCAAAAGCGCAGAGAGAAGGCCGUCAGUUGGUUCGGCGAGACGAUUGGCCGUUGGGUUACAUAAAGCAUAGGCGUGGUGCUUCCAUUAUGGACUGGAUCUUUCUCUUCUCUUGUGUAUGAUUACCCCAUUUGUCACCCCCUCCAGUAGGAGUUAUGAUUUAGAAGCGAGUCUGCGACAAUCGACGUUGUUACGCAUGGACAUGCAGGGCCACGGAUUUCCAGGGUGCUUUUUUACCCUUCCAAUAGGAAUGCAAGGAAAAGCC